AUUAAAACAGUGAACAAACCACUGUUUUUGAAGGCAGAUGAAAUAAAGGAUAUUAUUUUAUCAAAUUAAUGUCGGACAGCAUGUCGGAGCCCAACAGGAAGUUAAUUACCGUGAUGCUCGUGCUGGUCGGGAUUUCCCAGGGUCUGUUGAACGGGGUCGCAGGGCCCACUAUGGUGGAUCUACGCAUGAAGUUAAACACUUCCUCCGCCGAUAUAGCGCGCUCAGUCUCCGCACAGGGUUUCGGGAUAUUCGCCGGUGCGCUUGCAGGCGGGUUGGUCAUUGACGCCAUGGGGACGUGGAAGUUUCUCUUGGUGACUCUGGCGGAAAUCAUAGCAACCGUCACCCUUAUCUUGAUGUCGUUCGUCACCUCCCUGUCCUUGCUCUGGGUGACGUUCUUCUCCGUCGGAACAGCAGCAGGGCUUACCUCUGUCGCCUGUCAGCGGAUUUUGAUAGUAUUGUGGCGCGCCGAGGCCGCAGUCCCCUUUAACGCCCUAUACAUGGGCUACGGCAUUGGCUACAUGUUAGCUCCACUCGCCAUUAAUCCAUUCCUCGCCGUUUUGGAGUUUCGAUCUGACACUUCCGUCAACAUGUCAAGCAAUAACGUCACUCUCCAAAGAGGCUGGGAAUCCCGUGUGUACGUAGCGUUUGCCACCAUUGGUCUCUGCGUGGCGACGCUGGUGAUGCCAUUAUUCGUGUACUCCUUCGUAAAGUGCUACAGACGCAACAAGAACAAUUAUUCGAACAUUGACGAACCGGGAGCGAGCGCUCUUUCGCCUUCGAAGAACGGAAUAGUUAAGCGGGUGCUGGCUAUCCUGAAUCCAGCGUCCUACGCUGACGGAAAUUUCAAGUUCGGGCUAACCGUACUUGUGUUUACCUUGGGUGACUUCUUCAUGAAAUCAGUAGGCGUCUGUCAAGGAUGUCUGCUCUCCCCCGUUCUGCAUACACUUUUCCUUGGGAAGAUAAUUCAGGAGACCCUCAAAGACCACCACAUCUCCAUCGGUGGCAGUCCCAUCUCCAACUUGAGAUUCACUGAUGACAUUGACAUAUAG